GUCGCAGUCAGUCGUUAUCGGAACUUGCUGCCGCUGUCAUGUCCGAGACGUAGACGCGCACGGUUCGUUGGCUGCUGCGGAAAUACACACACUUACACAGCUUAAUAAAUGUACAGAUGCACAACAAUAAGAGAUUGUUGCAAUAAAAAAGAAAUAUUAAGUAUAAUAACAAAUAAUAUAUAUAUAAAUAUAUAUAAAUAGCGCCAAAGCGAAAUAAGCAAAGCAGAAAUCAAGUAAUAAGUUGAACGCUAUAAUCAAAGCUGCAAUCCAUACCGAGUGACAAUCGCCGUGCGGUGGAGUGAAGUGGUUGGUAAUUCAUCCUAUUUGCAUACGAAGGGUCGGCCCCCAUUCGGCUGUUAGCUUUUGGAGCUUGUUUGUGUUUUACGGAUGAAGAAAUUGAGCCGACUUUGAGGCGCACACAAAAUUUCCUGUAUCCGUAGACUUUGAUGACACCCUGAAUUCCCAGCUCUCUACUUACUUCUGCUUCAAUGUCUCUGUCUUCAAGGAUAUCGCUGACAAGCAGCGUUAAGCAGGGCAGCGAUGCCGGCAGCAAUAGCGAACGCAAUGCUAACAUACGGAAUCUGUUUGCGCCUAGUCCGGCGGAGCUGGCCAAACGAAAGGCAGCACGGCAGCGCAGCCAGAGUAGUGUCUGCCUGGAUCGAGGCCAGUUGGAGCAAAAGGAGCAACAGGAGCAACUGCAAGUACAAGUGACUCAGCGGGCAUACGGGCUGUCCCAAAGCAAUCAGGCGCUGAGACGUUCCAUGGGACAAAUAGCCAUCUACAAUGGGACUAAUGCGAACAAUGGUGAUUACCAGCGAGGCAUAUGCCGAGGGGGCGAUGGCCCCGACAUAAAUCAAAUGGCAACGACUAGGAAUCAAUCAGCAAUGGAACAAUAUAAGAACCAUUCAAAGGGUAGCCGGGGACGACAGUUCAAUGCCUAUGGCAGCGAGGACGCUGCAUUGGGCGACUGGGCUAACAAGGAAAACAAAGACUGGCAGCCGAGCGCAUUACAAUUGGCUACAGAGCAACUGCAGGUACAGGAGCAGCAGCCACUUCGUCGACCUUCCUCGACGUGGCACGAACGUAAGAAUUGGCAGGCAAUGAGCCAGCCAGAAAAUUUUAUUAACAGCAGCAUGCAAAAACAGCAGCAGAAGCAACAGGAGCAAGAGCUGGACCAGCAAACGGUGCAGCUUAAGCUGGCUGGAGUCACUGCCAGCAACAAUGUUGACUUUGGUAAUGAAAUGACAUGGGGCAACGCAGCAGAGAAAUCGCAGCCAUUGAAUCACCUGAGACUGCAGCAGAAUUCACUUCAGCCUGACACGAGCAAAGCGGACCAGCGGCAAGACGUUUAUUCUGCAGCUAUUGCUUACGAUUACGACGCGGAUAAGGUUGAUGAGGAGAAACGUCAAAGUAUGCACAGCGAAAGCUGUGCGCAGUUUGCGCCGCUAGCGGAGCGACUGCAGCGAUUCCGGCAGCGACAAAAGCGUUACAACAGCGCUGAUAUUGAAAAUACCGACUUAUCAGCUGAACAAAUAAGCGUUGCCAAUUUGCAUGGGUACUGCGACGACAACAACAACAACAGCAACAACAACAACUAUUGUAAAACUGCUGCUGUUCGACGUUCGAGCGCGAGUGGUGCAGUUGAUGCCACCGCGAAAUACUCAACUGACGCGUUAGAGGAGGCACCUUGGCAGGGUUUUGACGUUCAGCCGACCGACGUUGGCAACGACGAGGCAGUGCCUCGACGACGUGUACUCAUCAAGCGUCGCAUUGUGCGCUCGACACGCUCCCGCAGCACUGCAGCUCCACCAUCCACUUCUGCCUCGCCUCACAGGUCGGCAGUCAGGCCACAGCCAAAAGAGGACUGUCAGCUCGGCUGGCUUGCAAGGCUACGUACUUUCCGUGGCAGCGGUUUGAACAGCAAUCUAAAGGCCGCCUCAACAACGGCUUUUGCCUCAUAUAAUUUGGAAAGCAAGAACAGCAAAGGGAGCACCGCUCCAACACCCAUUAUGGCCGUCCUGCGUACUAUGAAGCUCAAAGAGCGCCUCGCCAUUAGCCUAGGCGCGACGCUCGUGCUGCUCACCUUGCUGCUUAUUGUGGAUGUGCAAAUGGACUUUGGAGUUGCCAACCGCCAUCUGCUGCAGCAACAGCAUCAAAAGCUGCGCUUUGGAAAUAACAACGAUUACAACGAGGCAGGCACAGCCGGGGCCGGCGGAAUGCUGCACGAGUUCAAGCGCAAGUUUCUGCAAAAGAGCAACUCUUCUGGUUCCAAGGAGGCCUCCACUCCGGCGCUAACGUCGGGCAGUCAAGGUGCCGGCACAGCGAGUGGCCAGGAGGGGGUCAUCUCUGGCUCCACGCUAUCAACGCGAAAGCCCAAGCCGCACGAUCGGUAUAUGGACCUGCAGCAGCUGCUGUCGGUCGAGGACUAUAUUCAUGUCAUAGUUGAUAAUGAGCCAGAUGUGACGAUUAACAAUCCGACGCUCGGCGAGAUGUUGCACCGUGAAGUUGGAGCAAACGCCAGCAAUUUGGAACGUUUCCAAUUGCGCAUUACCAAGAAGGAGCUCUACAGCGAGCAGGAUACCCUGGUCGAUGCGGUGCUACGUGACAUGAUCAAGCUGCCAAUACAGCAUGUGGUGCAAAAGGAGGGUGGCACCCAGCUGAAGCUGAUCAUUGAAUAUCCGAAUGACGUUAAGGCUCUAAUGAAGCCCAUGCGCUUUCCACGGGACCAGCAAACGUUGCCCAAUCACUUCUACUUCACAGACUACGAACGCCACAAUGCCGAGAUUGCAGCCUUCCACUUGGACAGAGUCCUGGGCUUUCGUCGCGCAAUGCCUGUGGCUGGUCGCACGCUGAACAUAACGACCGAAAUUUAUCAACUGGCCGACGAAAAUUUAUUGAAGACAUUCUUUGUUUCGCCAUCGUUGAAUUUAUGCUUCCAUGGCAAGUGCUCGUACUACUGCGACACUUCGCAUGCCAUUUGUGGCAAUCCGGACAUGCUGGAGGGUUCCUUCGCCGCAUUUCUGCCCAGCUUCGAAACCUCCAAUCGCAAGGGACGGAAGCUCUGGCGGCAUCCUUGGCGACGUUCCUAUCACAAACGAAAGAAGGCUCAGUGGGAGACAGAUGCCAAUUAUUGUGCUCUGGUACGCGACAUACCGCCCUACGAUGAAGGCCGACGUUUGCUUGAUCUUAUGGACAUGGCUGUAUUUGACUUUCUCACAGGAAACAUGGAUCGCCAUCAUUACGAGACUUUCAAAAUCUAUGGCAACGAGACGUUCCCCUUGCACUUGGACCACGGCCGUGGCUUCGGGCGUCCCUACCACGAUGAGCUCUCCAUACUGGCUCCAGUUUUGCAGUGCUGCCUGAUACGCAAGACGACGCUCAUCAAACUGCUACAAUUCCACAAUGGUCCCAAGACGCUGUCGCAGGUUUUGAGCGAGUCGCUGAGCGUUGAUCCAAUCAGUCCGGUGCUCUGGCAGCCCCAUCUGGAUGCGCUCGAUCGCCGAGUUGGCGUCAUUCUGCAAAGUAUACGGGACUGCAUUAAGCGAAAUCCGCCCGGCGAGCUUGACGGCUCCGAUCCAGACGCAUCGUCAUAGCGCUAAGCUACCAAAACUGAGUUAGAGUCUAAACUUAGCUAUAAGUUUGCGUGUCUUGUGUACUGUCUAGACUUAAGAGUAUAGAUCGUGACGGGGACCUUUGUAAAAGGUCGCGCUGUCCUACGAUAUCCUUGCAGCUCUGCCUGCACAUACCAAAAAACAACCAAAACAAUUGCGAGCAGGCAAACAAAUGAAUGGACGAAAUUUCUCGUGCAUUUCUUUGGUUCAUGUUGUUCAGCAUGUAUGUAUGUAACCGAGUUGGCCGACAGAUUGGCUCGAAUGGUUAUGUGGUCUAAUCUUAAAUGAAGUACCUUCAGCACACUGCACUAUAACACUAAAACACAUAACACACACUUCCUGAGCAGCUAAACUAUAAAUUACUACUAAUCCUAUCACAGUAGGUGCCAAAAGCAAAUCAACGCAUAUACAGAAGUACAUGAACUUAAAUUGAUUCUAAGAGCAGAACUAAAUUAUACUUACAUUGCGCUAGAGUGAAAGUUCUU